GCAGAAGCUCCACCUCUAGGAGCGCGGGGCUUGGACGAGCACCCCACGCCCCUGCCUCCGGGCAGCCAGAGCCCCCUUCUGUCCCACCUCCCGCGGCCGCGCACAGCGGCCACCCCGGCGUUCGGGGGCGCGCGCAGUCAGGGAGGGGCCGGCGGAGGCGCUAGGCUCCCGGAAGCGCCUUUCCCGGAAGGCAGAGAGGCGGUGCCGGCCUCCGGAGGCGGUCUCGGCGAUGGCGGCGGCGUUCUGUCCUUAGCCUGGGGAGCCGCGCAGCCGGAGGAUGGCCUCGCUUGGGCCGGCCGCAGCUGGGGAGCAGGUGCCGGGGGCUGAGGCGGAGCCGGGCCCCGCGGGGCCGCCGCCGCCCUCGCCGUCCUCUCUGGGGCCCCUUCUCCCCCUCCAGCGGGAACCUCUCUACAACUGGCAGGCGACCAAGGCGUCGCUGAAGGAGCGCUUCGCCUUCCUCUUCAACUCAGAGCUGCUGAGCGAUGUGCGCUUCGUGCUGGGCAAGGGCCGCGGCGCCGCCACCGCCGGGGGCCCGCAGCGCAUCCCCGCCCACCGGUUUGUACUGGCGGCCGGCAGCGCCGUCUUCGACGCCAUGUUCAACGGCGGCAUGGCCACUACGUCGGCCGAGAUCGAGCUGCCGGACGUGGAGCCCGCCGCCUUCCUGGCGCUGCUGAGAUUUCUGUAUUCUGAUGAAGUUCAAAUUGGUCCAGAAACAGUUAUGACCACUCUUUAUACCGCCAAGAAAUAUGCAGUCCCAGCCUUGGAAGCACAUUGUGUGGAAUUUCUCACCAAACAUCUUAGGGCAGAUAAUGCCUUUAUGCUACUUACUCAGGCUCGAUUAUUUGAUGAACCUCAGCUUGCUAGUCUUUGUCUAGAUACAAUAGACAAAAGCACAAUGGAUGCAAUAAGUGCAGAAGGGUUUACUGAUAUUGAUAUAGACACUCUCUGUGCAGUUCUAGAAAGAGACACACUCAGUAUUCGAGAAAGUCGACUUUUUGGAGCUGUUGUACGCUGGGCAGAAGCGGAAUGUCAGAGACAACAAUUACCUGUGACUUUUGGAAAUAAACAAAAAGUUCUAGGAAAAGCACUUUCCUUAAUCCGGUUCCCACUAAUGACAAUUGAGGAAUUUGCAGCAGGUCCUGCUCAAUCUGGAAUUUUGUCAGAUCGUGAAGUGGUAAACCUUUUUCUUCAUUUUACUGUCAAUCCUAAACCCCGAGUUGAAUACAUUGACCGACCAAGAUGCUGCCUCAGAGGAAAGGAAUGCUGCAUCAAUAGAUUCCAGCAAGUAGAGAGCCGCUGGGGUUACAGUGGGACAAGUGAUCGAAUCAGGUUCACAGUUAAUAGAAGGAUUUCUAUAGUUGGAUUUGGCUUAUAUGGAUCUAUUCAUGGCCCUACUGAUUAUCAAGUGAAUAUACAGAUCAUUGAAUAUGAAAAAAAACAAACCCUGGGACAAAAUGAUACCGGCUUUAGUUGUGAUGGGACGGCUAACACAUUCAGGGUCAUGUUUAAGGAACCCAUAGAGAUCCUGCCCAAUGUGUGCUACACGGCAUGCGCAACACUCAAAGGUCCAGAUUCCCACUAUGGCACAAAAGGAUUGAAGAAAGUAGUGCAUGAGACACCUGCUGCUAGCAAGACUGUUUUUUUCUUUUUUAGUUCUCCUGGCAAUAAUAAUGGCACUUCAAUAGAAGAUGGACAAAUUCCAGAAAUAAUAUUUUAUACAUAAUUUAGCAUUGUAAUACAUCUUGGCUAAAUAGUACCCUACAAUCUAGUGUCAAAAACAUAAGUAACUGGCCACAAAAAAGUAGUUUGAGUGUUGUGAAUAUUUAUAAUUGUAAGAUAAGAAACAGUUUCUUAGAGGAGAUAGAAAAAUGUUUAAAUCUUUGCAUGAUUUAAAAACAGGUUUUCCAUUUUCUUAUAACCUUAUGGGAAAAGAACUGGGUUUAAUGGUUUAAAAAAAAGCACAGCUAUUUCAGUUUCAUCUUGUAUAAUUUCAUAGGUUGGCUGACUUAGGGUCUUUUCAGUAGUUUUGGAAUUGAAAGAUUCUUGUUAUAUAUAGCUAGUUUGGGUUCAUUUUUGUUGUAACUAUUUUGAAGGUUAGGUGAGAUGGGCAAAUAGGCUUACCUAUUUUGAAGGUUGAAUGAAAAGAGAUGAGUCAGUAUUUCUGCAGAAUUCCUAUUAAAUAACUAAUUUCAGAAAAGUAAGAAGCUGACUUUGUAUUUGGGGGUUUAAAAUAUCUGGUUGUUAGCAUUUGGAAUAGUGCUAAAAGAGGCCUAAUAAAAUGCCCAAGAAAAUUUUCAGUGCACUUACAGAAAAGAAUAUUUUGUAGUAGUAUAGUAAUGUGUUAUGUAGUACAGUUUUAAAGCUAUAAAUGGAAUUUGUGUAAAUUCACAAUAAUGUGAUGUAAACAGGAUCUAAGACUGGAUUCUGUCACUAAACUGCACCACUAUACCUGUCUUGCUAUGUGGAAGAUGCUGUUGAUAUUCCCAAGAUUGAGAUGAUGAUGAUGACGACUGGGUGAACAGACAUCACAUCAACAUUGUGAUAAUCCUGUACAGCAAGAAACCAAAUAAAAUACUAACAUUUCUAACAACUGCUCUGACAUUGUAAAGAGAUCCAACAGAAUCACUCCUGCUGAAAAAUACGCUUUCUGCCACCUACACAUUAUUCUAUCUGGGAGGUAAAAUUUGCUUCAUGGUCAUGACCCCAUUAGUCACUAUUACAGCUGUGUUGGGGAUAGGAAGUAUAUCUGGUAGAUUGACAUUUAUACACUUUUUUAUAAAGCAGAUUUUUAAAUAUAA